GAAGUUGCUGCAUCUCUAUCUCUAUCUCAAAUCUCUGUUUCCAAACCCUAGAAAUUAUUUUCCAAUUCCAAAAACACUCUACCUUUUCGCUGCAAUUGAUCUCAAGGACUUCAAUUAUUUUCCUCUGAUUUCAAUCUGAAAUCUGUAGUAUCUUCAUUCUCUUAGUUUCUGUAAAAUUAGGUUUUUUUAUUGUGAAAUUGGGAAUUCAAUCUUGAAGAUAUUAGGGUGAAGUACCAUAGUUGAAUUGGUGCUGGCAAUGCCAUUGGGCCAUUGGUGUAGUCACUGGUAAAAAAAUUCGGGUGGUUGUUGUGAUACAGAAAAAUCACAAUGUCUUGGGCAGGUCCUCCUGAGGAUAUCUACCUUUCAACUUCACUUGCUAGUUAUCUUGACAAGAAACUUCUUAUAUUGCUAAGAGAUGGUAGAAAGCUCAUGGGGACACUUCGCUCUUUUGAUCAAUUCGCUAAUGCUGUUCUUGAGGGUGCCUGUGAGAGGGUUAUUGUUGGUGAUCUAUAUUGCGACAUCCCUCUUGGUCUUUAUGUGAUCCGUGGAGAGAAUGUUGUUCUAAUUGGUGAGAUGGACUUGGAGAGGGAGGAACUUCCCCCGCAUAUGACGCGCGUUCCAACAGAAGAAAUUAGGAAGGCACAGAAAGUAGAAAGGGAUGCUUCAGAUCUGAAAGGGACUAUGAGAAAAAGAAUGGAAUUCCUUGACUUGGACUAGUGAUUAACUCUCCACAUUCACCCGCUCAUCCGCAAAUAUUAUAGCGGCUCUUCUCCAAGUUAUUUUAUUUUGUUCAUCUCUGAUAUUGUUGAUUUUCAUGUAGGGAUGAAAGCAUUGGUGAAAUUUCUUAUGUAAUGUUAGUUUGAGGAAUCAUCUGUUGCUAUUCCUUUGCUUUCUUUUCUUGUCAAAAGGAAGAAAAUAUGUCAAUUAUUUAUAGCAUAAUUUCAUGUCAUAACCGACAUUUUGAACAUCUGUUGUGGAAAUGAAAAGGCUUCUACUUAUGCUAAAUAGUUAUAGUAUGUUUUUCUCUCCAGUAGAAACG